UCUUGUAAUUUGACAUUAUCUAGAGCAAAAAUCUUUUUAAAUUGAAAGUUUGCUGAAAGUUCUCGAACUAUUUGAGAUAGGCUAUGCAGCAAUAUCGGUCUCUUGAUAACAUGCUACACGAGAGGCUCCGGCUGUUUCUCUAUUAUUGUAGGUCCAGAUAUUAUGAGGGUAUUGGUCCCAUCACUAUUCACAUCCUUGGUCGCCUGGCAGCCGGCAUGUGCGCGGUGCAAUCGAUUCCGUGGCUAACGCAUGCCCUGCUGCUCGUUCUUAGUGGAAGAGUACUCAGUCGGUUACACUGGUGCGGUACAGCAGGACGUGCAGAGGAAGAGAUGCUCUAGAGGUGAUUAUCUCUAUUCGUCGAACGAGCAGCCGUAUCCCGUUUUCUUAUUCUAUACAACGCAGUAGAUACACCACAAGGGUCGAAGGACCACAGCAAGGAUGUAUUAAGAUUGAGAAGACGAACUAACCAGGUGUCACGCCCAGGAACAUCUAUGGGUCGUAAACGGUGGUGGCGUGGAGGCUCGGAGCUGUUGGUACUUUUCGUCCUUUAUCACGUAAUUCUGGGUGAGGGUGACGUUGGGUGUCUGUUCAGCAAGAGCCUCUGUGAUCCUCAAACAGAAACAUGUUACAAUGAUCUCGCGUUUGGCAGAUGUUUGCCGCUAUACACUGACUUACCCGAAGAAAGCUAUUAUCAAUAUAAUUUCAAUGUCGAUGAAUUGGAACUACUAAAACUGCAAUUGGAGAGGCUGCAAGUCGGUGGAUACAAGUGGUCCCAUUCCUACACACAAUGUAUCAUGCAACUGUCCUUGUACAAUUUCCGCAAAGGAGAAAACUACGAUCUUCGACUCUGUGAUCAUUUAAGACACCGUUCAUAUGUCGAAAACAAAAUCAACCAAGAAGAAGUACCCGCGUUAGCGACAGUAAAAUUUACGCCUAGCAAUAACAAAUUUGCUAGUGAAAUCUAUUAUCCUCCCGGCACAGAAAAUCGAUAUUUUCAGGAUCCUGAUAACAAUUACGAAAUUUCUCAGUCGCCAUACAAAGAACAAUUGAGAAAAACAGAUUCCCAGUUUUACAGAUACAAUCCAAAUUCUGACAACGAAUAUGAUUUUUCAACGAAUGAAGGUAGUUAUGAAGAAAAUUAUGAUGAAAGUAAUUCUCGGAAAGUACCUGUGACUUUCGAUGGACUCAACGAAAAGCUAUACCGAAUCAGACGACAACCGUAUAAUUUUCGGGAUUAUGACAACAAUGCAAUGGAAUCGUUUAAAAAUGCUUUGGAAGAGGAGAAACUAUCAAAGAAACUUUCUGAAAAUAUAAAUUUGUAUCCCAUAAGCCUAAGUACUGAUGAAUUGGAGUUUCUGGUGAACGAUAAAUCUAAUGAUUAUUCUGCCAAGAAAGAAGAUGAAGACGAAGAUUUUGAUGUUGACUACGAGAAGGCAUUUUCAAAAAAGUACAAACCUAGAAAAUUUAUUGAGCUUCCUAGUAAAAUUGAACCUUUUUUGGAAAAUAUGAAGCGUAACUCGCAGAAUAAUUAUAACAAUGAUAAUUAUGACGAUGUGAACGAUGAAGAACAAGUGCCUCCAAAGGAUAGCUCAUCUAUAGGAAAAGGGAUUUAUACCGAAGGAGGACUUGUCCAGCCUGCUAAUGAUAAACCUAAUAUUGAAACUAGUGAAAAUGCCUACGAUACUUUAGUUCAUGACGAUUUAACAGAAUUCCUUUGGAGACGUGGAUUAGCUGGAUUUAAACGACGGGAACGUCUAGAUGUUAAGAAACCAGGGCCUCCAUUUUCAACAAAUAACUAUGCAUUCAAAACUCCAUCCCCAGCAGAAGAAAAUCAUUCUGAUUCUAUCGAAACUGAACAAGAUAAUGACGUAUUACUUACUCCAUACGUAAAGAAAGAAGCAGAAGCUGGUCAACAUACAGUCAAUUCAAAUUCGUAUAACAAUGUUGACCUAGAUUACGUUUACAUCGAAUUUCAGCAAGAAUUUCACACAUGGUCAGAAGGAGAACAUGUUGUCAAAGAGGUGAGCAAGUUAUUGGGACUAACACCUGGCUCUUUAAAAGAUAUUCGAGUUGGUGUGGCAGAAGUGACCUUCAAAGUUAUUAAAAACAAUAAAAAUUAUAAUGCUACCGACGUCGCCACACACAUCGGUCCCAUAAGUGGUAAACUGAAAGAGAUUCUGGGUGUCGAAGUGAAGCGCGCAGGCAUAGGUGAUAAGACCAAAUUGCCCGCAAUGCUGGAAGUUGUCAGAAAUCCCGAGAUGAGUUCCAACAUGUUUGGAGUAAUAGUGGCUGUAGGAGUCGGAGUUGUCAUUGCAAUUGCCAUAAUUACUUUGAUAAUCGUUCGUCGACAUAUUAAGUCUCGAGCCAAGUUGGCAGGAUUAACCACACCCGACCCAGAGGUAUCUAAAGAUUAUCAAGAUUUGUGCAGAGCAAGAAUGCACGCCAAACAAUCGGAUAAACCAGACUCCCCACGAAUUACAAGCUUAAGUCGAGAAAAUGAAUCCACUAAUUUAUCAUCGAAUCGAUCUAGCACAUCUUCUUGGGGAGAAGAACCAGCACUUUCGAACAUGGACAUAGCAACCGGACAAAUGGUUCUAAGUUAUAUGGAGGAUCACUUAAAGAAUAAGGACCGAUUGGAUCUAGAAUGGUCGUUAUGCCCAAAAGAAGCAACUCUCUCUUCGAUAGAAGCGCAAAGAGAAGGAAAUGUUAAAUGCAAUCGUUCCGGGGCACCGAUUCCCUACGAUCAUUCUAGGGUGAUUCUAAACGAUCUCGCUAAUAUCAAUAACUCCGACUAUAUUAACGCCUCUACAAUUAAAUCGGCUGAUCAUGAUCCACGAAAUCCAGCUUACAUCGCCACGCAAGGGCCACUUCCAGAAACAACAGCUGAUUUUUGGCAACUAGUUUGGGAACAAGGCAGUGUUGUAAUCGUGAUGUUAACUAGACUCACCGAAGAAGGUGUUGCUAUGUGCCAUCGUUAUUGGCCUGAGGAAGGAUCAGAAUUGUAUCAUAUUUACGAGGUACAUCUUGUGUCCGAGCAUUUCUGGUGUGACGACUACCUAGUGCGUUCUUUCUACUUGAAAAAUCUACGUACCGGUGAAACAAGAACUGUAACGCAAUUCCACUUCUUGUCUUGGCCAGAAAACAGUGUGCCACAUUCCAUUAAAGCUCUUCUUGAAUUCCGCCGGAAAAUUAACAAAUCCUACAAAGGCAGAUCAUGCCCUAUAGUCGUGCAUUGCAGUGAUGGUGCAGGCCGCACUGGUACCUAUUGUUUAAUCGAUAUGGUCUUGAACCGUAUGAUAAAAGGAUCCAAAGAAAUUGAUAUUGCAGCUACAUUAAAUGAUAUAAGAGAUCAAAGACCUGGUAUGGUUACAACAAAAGAACAAUAUAAAUUCGUCCACAUGGCAGUGGCGGAAGAAGUGCACGCAAUCCUUAAAGCUUUACCUGUACCUCCUGCAGAAAAAUCUCUACCAGGAAGCAAUUUUUCGACAAAACAAGAUCAGUAAACUUCGAUUCGAAUUUGAAAUAGCAAUUGCGGCGAGCAGAGGCAAAGUAUAAAUUUCACUGACAAAAAAUGGCCAAAUAUUUCUAGUCAACCAUAAUCGCAUUAAGAAUCUAAAAUUACUAUUAAAUCUUUCAUUUUCUAUAACUUUCUUGUCUGAAUUCGUCUGCAUCUAUUCACGCUUUUAACAGAUUUUACUUUUAUUGUAUUUUGUUGCAGAAAAUGUCAAAUUUUAAACUCUCUAAGUUCUACAAAUUUUAU